AUGAACGCACCGGACAGAUUUGAGCUAUUCAUUCUUCCAGACGGAGUGUCGAAGAUUCAGAUUACCCCAGAUUCUAGGGUGCCCAAUUGUAUAAUAGUGAAAUUUGAAAGGGAAGACCAUACGCUUGGAAAUAUGCUCAGGCAGGAACUGAUCAACGAUCCAAAGGUGAUAUUUGCUGCAUACAAAGUGCAGCAUCCGCUUUUUGCGAAUUUCUUGAUGAGAAUUCAGACUGAGGAUGGUUACAAGCCACGGACUGCACUUAAGAAUGCAUGUACACGGUUAAUUUCCAAGCUGAAUGUCUUGAAUGAGAAAUUCAAGAGGGAAUGGGAGUUGAAAUCAUUAUUAACGGCUACUGAAAAUGAGGAGACAGAGGAUAUAUAA